UAUUCCCUGCUGCUUUAUUGAAAGCAGUGCCGCAACAUUAAAAGUAAAAACAAUUAUUUAUACAUAGUGGUAUUAAUCGAAGCAGCUGCAAAACAACGCGUUAGUCGUGAGAAUUAUUUGGCUUGUUAUGAUAAUAAAAGCGAGCAAAUUACUACCAACAUUAUAGCAGUUUACACAGGAAUCGAAAGGAUUAAAAUUUGUGCGCGACCUACUGUUUAAAAUGAACGAAACAUCAUCAAGAACAAAUACGCUAACUUGGAACGACUUGGAAGGGAGAGACAGCGUAGUUCGCGAUCAAUGGGGAGCCACUGUGUUGCAGUUGUGUUUGUCCUGUCUCAUUGCUGUGGUUGGUUUUGUCGGCAAUGUUCUUGUUCUUGUCGCGGCUUACCAACUUUACAAGCAUCGAACACAUCGAAAUACAAGAAGCACAUACUACAUCAUAAAUUUGUCUUUAGCAGAUCUUUCCAUAAUUCUUCUUGCCUUACCAUUGGAGAUGUUGAUGCAUUUUACAUCGUGGCCAUUUGGAGAGUUCACAUGCAAGUUUAUUUAUCCACUUCGAGACGUGUUCGUAAUGGUUGCAAUUAUGACUAUUACGGCGUUGAGUGUCGAACGUUACUGGGUAAUAACAGGACCAUUCAAGGCCAAACCAAACCAAAAACAUGCACGUAUCAUUAUAGCUAGCAUAUGGGUGAUUGGCUACCUCUACGCCGGUCUACCGUUGGUCUUUGUGAUGAAGUUGGUCAAAGUGACAGACAACAAUUUUCUUACGUGCGAGACAAGCUGGAAAAGCACCGCAGAAGAAAGAGUCCAUGUUAUUUUAACCUUAUUUGCCUGCCUUGUGGUACCAUCCUGCAUCAUCACCUUUUGCUACAUAAAGAUUGCUAAAUCACUGCAGAAGUUGCAAGCGCGUCGCACCAGUAUCGUACCUCAAGAAGGAAAACCAACAACAUCCGUUAUUUCGCUAGUUGAACAGAGCAAAAAGGUUGCCAAAAUGUUGGUUAUCAUUGUCGUUGCAUUUUGUUGUUGCGUUCUUCCGUACACAAUGUUUGCAUUGGUAGCACAGUUUGGACACAUUUACGGCACACAUUUCGUAUGGUAUUCCUUGUUUAUUUCUCUAUUCUUUGCUCAUAGUGCGGUGAAUCCAGUUAUAUUAAUCAUCAUGAGUAAAGAGUAUCGUUCAGAAGUGGCGAAAAUCGUUCGUAGAUUGAGAGAUGUAUGUUGGAAGGUCGAAGCAGUGCGCGCUUAUUUUACAGAUCGAAAAGCUCACACGUAUCGACAACACAGAAUAGAAAGUGAGAAUGGAGCGCAAUUAAUGGAGAGUCCUGGUGUUGACGGUGAGCAACAGCAAAAAAGCACGGAACUUUAAUAUAUCGUCAAAAUAUAACAGACUUUAUUCGCUUCGUGACAAAGUUUGGUGUAAAUUUAGCAAUGCACUGUCAUUUAAGUUAAGCUAGGCUUGCAUAAGAAAAGGUUGGAAAUGUGAAUGCUUAAUUUAUUGUUGUGUUCGAAACAAACUUCCAAAUCAAACUUCUUUAACGAAAGCCGACUGAUUGUAGCGUAAAUAAAACCAUAUAUCAACAAUAUCAAAAAUCUUUUUGCGGUGGAUAAUUUUUUUACCGCAAAUAAAGCAAA